AUCAACUGUCUUUAUGAUAUUUCGUCGUAUCUAUCAUCAUCAAUGAACACUCUCCCUCAGAUUCCUUUUCAUUUGUAUAUUACCACUCAACUUUCCAGAUCCCUAUCUGGGUAUUUCUCUUUACACCACAAAUGGGUCGCAUACCAAACGACCCUGAAGCCUCCCGUUUCGCCUCUCUCGUUCUCCUUUCCUUGGGCUUGAUCUCCUGCGCUGUAGUCUAUACAUUCCUCUCUUUUAUCAUCAAAUCAAGUGACGCCACUUUCAAUGCGGACCUCGACUCUACAACGUCUAUGAAAGAGAGUGAAAUUGGCGAGUGUUGUCAAGGGAUUGAGAAUUUGGAGCUGUGGGGCGCUGCUGUGAAGUGGGGGUCUGAGUUUAAGUUUAAUACCUCUAAAGAAUGCUGCGAGGCUUGUAAGGCCAUGUGCACUGGCAAUGAUGGGCCUUGCCUGUGUGAUACUUGGGUGUUUUGUGGGAAUAAGGAUGCUUGUGGAUCAAGAUUCGGUGAAUGCUGGUUGAAGAAACAAAAAGAUGUCUUGGCCCCUGAUCGGCAAGACGCAGGAAAAACAGUUAUGUGGACUUCUGGACUCAUCUAUGGAAAAGGAGAGGGAAUUAUUGCCUUGGAAACAGAAUAUGGAACUCUCCAUAUGAAACUUCUCCCUGAGUGUGCCCCACAUUCUAUGGCCUACAUUCUCGAGUUGUUGACUUUACGCCAUUGUGCUGGUUGCCAAUUUUAUCGUGGAGAGAGUCGUGGUGAAUCUUGGGAUGUGGAAGGAAACCACAUAAAUAAUGCUCCUUUUGGCCCUCCGUUUGGAUUAAUUCAAGGAACACUGGAAGCUCAAGGAACCACUUUUAAGGAGAUUCCAAGAGAAGUGUGCCCUUUGAUCAGUAGAGGUUCAGUUGCAUGGGUUGGUUCGGGUCCAGAAUUUUUUAUAAGCCUAGCGAACCACCAAGAGUGGAAAAAUUCAUACACUGUUUUUGGUUCUGUUCUUCCGGAAGACAUGGGAAUUGCAGAGAAAAUCGCAGAGCUCCCCACAAAAUCAGAUGUUUGGAAUGGUAUAAAUGUGACAAUAUUGGAAAAACCUGUUGCCUUGAAGUUGAGAAGAAUGAAGCCAAGGCUUGCGUAUCUAAAUUCAAACACGAAAUCAGAGUAAAAGCUUUGUCUUCCCAGGGAAGACAAAGCAUGGAGGGGUUAUACAAAGUACAAUAGCAGAGAGAGAUUGAAGAUUUUCCUUUCCUUGUGAGUUCUAAGUUAUGGGUGAUGUUUAUACAAAUGUGAAAUAAGAGUGAAGUUAUGUUUAUACAAAUGUGAAAUAAGAGUGAAGUUAUUCUUAACUGUUUACAUGUGUAUGUCAGACAAACUUGAGGAUGUCUGAAUUUUUUGCUUAUUUUUAUUGUUUUCUGUUUCUACUGUAUUGUUGGUUGAAAUUUGGAUGAUUUUUAAGGGUUUUACUAUUGUUAUUUUUUAACUGA